CAGAACCAGCGGACAGCUCCUCUGCAGCAGCAGCUCUACUAGCAGUAGAACUAGUUACAGUAGAACUAGUUACAGUAGAACUAGUAGAACUAGUAUAACUAGCAGUGAUCAUGGCUCUGGAACUUUAUCUGGACCUUUUCUCUCAGCCAUGUCGCUCCGUUUAUAUGUUUGCAAAGAAGAACCAGAUUCCCUUCGAGUUCCAGAAGAUUUCUCUGAUGGAAGGUGAGCAGCAUGGAGAUCAGUUUGGGAAGAUCAGCAAAAUCAAAAAAGUUCCUGCAAUGCGAGAUGGAGACUUCUGCCUGGGUGAAAGCAUCCCCAUCAUGCUCUAUCUGGCUGAGAAGUUCCAGACUCCAGACUUCUGGUACCCGGCCGACCUCCAGCGCCGCGCUCAGAUCAACGAGUACCUGUCCUGGCAGCACACGGGCAUCCGGAUGUACGGGUCCAAGAUGUUCUGGCUGCGGCUUAUGCUUCCUAAGGUAAUGGGUGUGGAAGUUCCAAAGGAGAAGAUGGAUGGAGCCCUGGAGGACCUGAACAACGCUCUGAACCUGAUCGAAGAGAAGUUCCUCCAGGACCAGCCGUUCAUCGGCGGAGACCACAUGUCUCUGGCCGACCUGGUGGCCAUCGUGGAGAUCAUGCAGCCGCUGGGAGCUGGUCUGGAUGUUUUUGAUGGGAGAACCAAGCUGAGCGCCUGGCGGGACAGAGUCCAGGCCUUCAUGGGGAAGGAGCUGUUUGACGAGGCCCACCAGCUCAUCCUGGGGGCUCAGGAGAGCAUGAAGCAGCUGGAUCCCAGCAAACUGGAGCACCUCAAGCCCAGAGUCAUCAGGUUGUUCCUCUGAGCAGGACGCUGCGAUUUAAACCCCAAUAAAACUACAGCAGCUCUUCAGUCUUUAUAGAAAAGCUUCAUCUCUGUUUCAGUUUGUUUCCUAAAAGCUUCUGUUUUCUCUGUUGGAUAAAAGCCGGCGUCGAGGGACCGAUUAUAUAACCCAGGAAUGUGAAAUGUGGCGCCUCUCUGUGGCGGUUUAUUAGCUAAUCGAAUUCAGCUGCUUUUUCUAACCAGGCUGAUUCAAUCUGUGGUCAAUUUGCUCCUUUAAUAAACUUUGCCUCCGUUUAACAGCUUGGA